AUGAAAUCGUUUACUGUCUUUCGUGGUCAAGGAUUGGCGAAAGCCGAUGUUGAUCGAAUGAUAAAUAUACAAGGUGGACUUUUAUCAUGUAAUAAUUUUUUAUCGACUAGUAUGGACCGUCAUGUAUCUCUCGCCUUUGCUCGUCAAACUAUGGAAACAUCCGAUCUUGUUGGUAUUUUAUUCGUUAUAAAAAUUGAUCCGUCAACUUCAUCAACACCAUUUGCUGACAUCCAUGAUGUGAGUUGUUUCAAACGAGAAAAAGAAAUUCUUUUCUCCAUGAAUUCCAUUUUUCGUAUUGGAUCAAUAAAACAAAUCGAUGAAAAUAAUCGUCUUUGGCAAGUCGAUUUAAUAUUGACUACUGACAAUGAUUCAGAUCUUUAUGCACUUACUAAACAAAUGCGAAAAGAGAUCGAUCCUUAUGCGACAGGGUGGAAUCGUUUAGGUCAUUUGCUAAUUAAACUGGGACAGUUCAAUAUAGCUCAAGAGAUUUAUGAUAUCCUGCUUGAUCAAGCAACAACUGAUUCGGAAAAAUCAUUAAUGAAUCAUAUGCUUGGCAUAGUCAAGGAUGGUCAAGGUGAAUACAAAGAUGCCAUCGAUUAUUUUAAAAAAUCCAUUGAAAUGAAACAGAAUAUUUGUUCACCCACGGAUUCCAAUUUGACUGCUUCCUAUAACAACAUUGGUUUGGUAUAUGACAACAUGGGUGACUAUUCGAAUGCACUUUCAUCUCAUCAAAAAGCACUGAAAAUCUACCAAAAAACUCUUUCUUCAAAUCAUCCUGAUUUGGCUGCUUCUUACAACAACAUUGGUUCGGUGUAUGACAGCAUGGGUGACUAUUCGAAUGCACUUUCAUCUCAUGAAAAAGCACUAGAAAUUCGUCAAAAAGCUCUGCCUUCCAAUCAUCCUGACUUGGCUAUAUCCUACGGUCACAUCGCUACUGUGUAUAACGGCAUGGGUGAUUAUUCAAAAGCACUUUCAUUUGCAGAAAAGUCUCUUGCUAUCGUACAAAAAUCACUUCCACCAACACAUCCUCUAUUUAAACGAAUGAUAGAGAUCGUUGACUAUAUAAAAAAGAUAUUAAAGUGUAACAGCGACUCAUACCAUCAUACUGACAAGUGA